CCAGUCCUGCAGAAACACGGACCCUCCGCGAUCCACACGGACGAGGCUCCGAGUCGAGCGGUCGGAACAGCGUGCUUCUGCUCCUGCGAUGCUCCAGCGACUUUCUCUGUGUGUGAACUCUGGACUGACGCGCACUUAAUUGUCUGUCAUCACGGGAUACGCGGAAACUCCACUUGGUCUCAUUUCGGAGUUAAAAAACUGAUUUAUUUUUGUGUUGCCCCCCUCCACCCUGCAGAGGUUUGAUAUGCCGCGUCCACGGAUGGGAGUCGACCGCUUGUGACAGCAGCGUUUUUCAUUCGUUUUUUUUUUUUUUUCACCGAUCGCGAUCCGAGUUUUAUUUUGUUUUUGUUUUUUGUUUUGUUUUUUUCGGUCAUGUUACUGGAUGCUGGGCACCAGUUCCCCGGACUGGGCACUUUCGCCAGGCACCACUCGGCCAGCGACAUGCAGGACAGAGACUUGGCUCAGAACAGCUUCGUGGACUCGGCUCACAUGGGCGCCUUCAAGCUGAACCACGAGCUCUCCCCGGGCCAGAGCUCUGCCUUCUCCACGCAGGCGCCCGGUUACCCCGCGGCGGCUCUCGGGGCGCACGCCGCCCACGUCACCUCGUACGCCGGCUCGCCUUUCAACUCCACCCGGGACUUUCUGUUUCGCAGCCGCGGCUUCGGAGACUCGUCUCCUGCCGGCGGCCAGCACACGAUCUUCGGCCCCGCGGCGGGCACCCUGCACCACUCCCACGCGGACGCCCAAGGCCACAUCCUCUUCCCGGGCAUCCACGAGCAGCACGCCUCGCACGGAUCCCCGAACGUCCUGAACGGCCAGAUGCGGCUCGGACUACCCGGGGAGGUUUUCGGGCGCAGCGAGCAGUACCACCAGGUCUCCAGCCCCAGAACUGACCCCUACUCGGCCGCGCAGCUCCACAACCAGUACCAGUCCAUGAACAUGAACAUGGGGAUGAACAUGGCAGCAGCCCACCACCACCACCACCCGGGCGCUUUCUUCCGCUACAUGAGGCAGCAGUGCAUCAAGCAGGAGCUGAUCUGCAAGUGGAUCGACCCGGAGCAGCUCAGCAACCCCAAAAAGUGCUGCAACAAAACUUUCAGCACCAUGCACGAGCUGGUCACGCACGUCUCGGUGGAGCACGUCGGCGGCCCGGAGCAGACCAACCACAUCUGCUUCUGGGAGGACUGUUCCCGGGAGAGCAAGCCCUUCAAGGCCAAGUACAAACUCGUCAACCACAUUCGGGUCCACACGGGCGAGAAGCCCUUCCCGUGUCCGUUCCCCGGCUGCGGCAAAGUCUUCGCCCGCUCCGAGAACUUGAAGAUCCACAAGCGGACGCACACAGGAGAGAAGCCGUUCCAGUGCGAGUUCGACGGCUGCGACCGACGGUUCGCCAACAGCAGCGACAGAAAGAAACACAUGCACGUGCACACGUCGGACAAACCUUAUCUGUGCAAAAUGUGCGACAAGUCCUACACGCAUCCGAGCUCGCUACGGAAACACAUGAAGGUGCACGAAUCAUCUCCAUCAGCAUCCGACUCGUCGCCAGCCGCCAGCUCCGGCUACGAGUCCUCCACCCCUCCUGGCUUAGUGUCCCCCACCACUGAGACCCAGAGCAACACCACCCUGUCCCCCCCCUCAGUCGUGCACCCCUCAAGCCACAGUGGCCUCUCCUCCAAUUUCAGUGAGUGGUAUGUUUAAGGACACUGGAGCUGAAUUUUUGGACACACAAAUAUUUGUUUAUUUUAUUACCUUUGGGGGCGACCUCCCCCCCUCCCCCUCCCCCAGCUCCCACCCCGCCCACAGAGCGUGUAUAUACUGUACAUAACUCCAAGAAGUGAUUGUGGUAGUUUGUCAUCGGUGUAUAGAUGUUCCUUCGACGGUAGCUAUUUUCUGGACUCUCCGUGCACAUAACGUUGAAUAUCGUGAGGCAAACUGAUUGUACAACACAUAAAAACUGGAAAAAGUGCCAAAGUUCUAACACCUAACAACAAAAAAAAUACCCAUGUGAAUGUAAUAUUUAAGUUUGCCGAGCUUAACUUGUGAUGUUUUCGUGCUUUGCAAGUUGUGAAGUGCUAAGGAUAAUAAAAAAAAUAACAGUGGUGCCGUUCCUGUAACUCCCUUAUUUUUGUCUCCUCUGUAAAUAUCAAGCUGCCGUAUUUAUCCAUUUGUAAUUAAAUUAUGGUAUUUACUUGCUACAGAUGAAACGAUAUUUAUAAAACAAAGUUUCCUGAAUAUAAAUAUGUACAAUGAGCGUAACAUUGUUUCGUCGUGCUUUUGUUCAAAGUUAAAAAAAGGUGUUCUCCUCUUUUUAAUGUGAUUUAAAAAAAUACAUCAUAAAUAUAAUAAAAGGUGUUGCAAGUGGUAAUCACGUUUUUUUUAUUUUUAUUUUUCCUGGUUCUUUCUGGGUGCUUCUACUGAAUUUCAUUCGACUGACUUGGCGUAGCACACGUUUUUGCUGAGUAAGACAAAUGAGAAGAGCGUGUCUUCACGUUUAGAUCCUCUGUGUGUGUGUCAACUAAAGGAGCGCCUGUUUGAGUUUUCGGGGGUUUAUCUUUUUUGGUAUCGUUGGAAGAGCUUGUUGCUCAAAUUAAAAUAAAUAUCUCCACUCAGAUGCCAAUUUUACUUUGUUUACUUCAGCUGGCUUUAAAAAAACAUGCUGUGAUUUCAUACAAAUGGUAGACGAAACCCCUUCAUGUGUUUCUCUCACAUUUUAUUUGGGGAAAAUGGCAUCAGUUUUGGCAGUGUUUUGACUCCAUACUUUUUACUGGCUGUUGUUUGGAUAGCGUCCUUUACUCUGCUGUGUUAACACUGACUUCAAGUUUCCUUUCUCUGUAGACAAAUUGCUCUUGGUUUUAUUCAUUUAUUCUCCUCCAGUCUUCUGUUCAGUUCACUGUAAACAUAGUGGUGGUUUCCCCUGAGUUUCCUCCUUCUAAAGUGGCUCUCAUUUGGCUCCUUAUGAGGUUGAUGCACUUCAGUGUCGACGCCUCUGUCAGUCACCUAAACCUUGCUGCA